AUGAGCAAAGAAAAUAAAAAAUGUGUUAAAAUAAUGAAUGUAGAAACGAAAAUUGAUUGCCAACCACCAAAAAUAUCAUUAGAUACUUAUUAUGAUCCAGGUAAAUUAGAGAGAAAUGCAAGAAGAGUUUUGGAAAUUGAUAAAGAAAAUAUGGAAUUAUUAAAACGUUUAUAUAUAAUCAGUCUAUCAAGGGGAAGAUUUGGAAGAGUUACGAGUGACAAUAAAGAUAAUGUUCAACCUGAUGUCAAUAAAAAUUCAGAAUAUGAAAAAAUUCGUAAAGAAAAUAUGGAAAUUUACAAAAGUCUUGAAAAAGUUGUUCCAAAAGUUGUAUCAUUUUUUCCAGAUAAAAAAAAUAAAAAGAGAAAUAAAAUAAUUGGACUACGUCCACGUUGUUUUUUUGAAAUUUAUAAUACAAAUAGACAACAAAAUUUGGGAGCUAUUGAGAUUGAGCUUUACACUGAUAUUGUACCAAAUAUUUGUGAAAAAUUUAAAUCAUUAUGUUUAGGAGUUGAUAAUUAUUCUUUAAAAGGUGCAGUAUUUUAUAAAAUAAUUUACGGAUAUUUGUGUCAAUUCAAGUGUGAUUUAUCAGUUGAUAAAAUUGAUAAUAAAUCAUUGAAUGAAGAAAUGAUUGAAAAUAAUAAAUUACUACAAAAACACAGUGGGCCUGGAAUACUUUCUUUUUGUAAAAAUGAUUCAAAAAUUUUUAUAUUUAAUUUGACAUUUAAAAAGUUGGAAAUAUUAGAUGAAAAGAAUAUUGUUUUUGGAAAAGUUGUUCGAGCUAUUUCCAAUAUUUACAAGAUUGAAGCUGUUGGAACUAAAGUGGGAAAACCUCGUGAAAAAAUAAUAAUAAAAAAUUGUGGAAUUAGAUAAAUAAAAUGUAAGAAAAAAUUAUUUAUAUUUUUUGUUUUUUAUGAUACUAUAUAAUCUAAAAUUGAUGAUUACAAUUCAAUAAAUAUUUAGUUAUUUAUUUUUAAUUUAAAUAUAAAUCA